GGUGACUUACCGGAAAUGAUUCAAAGUAUUACGCACGGUGCACUGGUGAAAGUCAUGAGGGCUCCAUGUUUGAAAUACUUUGUUACAGUACAGUACGUUAUGUAACGGUCUAGAGAUUGAGGGUCGGAACUCACGUUGUUCUGAAAGCGGAUAAGUUUAUUGGUACAUAAGAUUCUCUCACAGAACACAAGAUGGCGAUCCUGUAUAGCUGCAUAGCCCGUGGGACCACAGUGUUAGCGGACAGUACAUCCGCGAGUGGUAACUUUCGUGAAAUCAUGAGCGGCAUACUGCCUAACAUCCCUACAAGAAACGACACCAAGACAACAUAUGCAGCACAAAACUAUAAGGUCCAUGUUGUUGUGGAAAAUGGCAUCAUCUAUAUCUGUGCUGCAGAUGCUUCUUUUGACUCAAAAAGACCUUUUGCAUUUCUGCAAGAUAUCAAACAGAGGUUCACGUCUGGCAGUCUGGCCUCCAGAGCCAUCACCGCUUCAUCAUUUGAGUUGAACAGAGAUUUCCAACCCAUCCUCGCCGAGAAAAUGGAGCAGUUUUCUAAGCCAGGUGCAGGAGGUGACCAGCUGUCCAUGCUUCAGUCGCAGGUGGAUGAAGUGAAGGGAGUGAUGUCACAGAACAUAGAGAAGGUCCUGGCCAGGGGCGACCGCCUUGACAACCUGAUGGAGAAAACUGAUGAGCUGGAAGCUAGUGCUGACACCUUCAAGAAAACUGCCAGAAGGGUGAAGAAGAAGUACUUCUGGAAGAAUGCCAAGAUGAUGAUCAUCCUGUCUGUGGUUGUCCUUGUCGUCCUUAUCAUUUUGACCUUGAUCAUCUUGUUCUCUACAGGUGUAAUUAAGACAGGUGGGGGAGGAGGGGACUCCUCCACAACUGUCUCGCCUCCCGUAACCCCACAAUCGGCCAAGUUUCGUUUUCUUUAGCUGCCUAUGGAGGCUUGGGUAGGAAAGUAGAAUCAUGCUUAAAUUUGGGCACAUUUUCUGUCCUUGAAUUUUGUAAAAAAAUAAGGCCUUUGAAUUUUGUAAAAAUUUAUUUAAGUUGGAAAAGUAAUCUAUUGAUUUCACUGCCACGUAAAGUAGAUAGGAAAGUGUUUUGGGUAGAAAAUGAUGAUGAAAAGGGGAAUCAGGUUGGUAGGUCAUUGAGGAGUACAUGUAGUUGUUCUUGUCACACAACCUCAGUAUUGACUGAGCUGCAUGCCAACAUUUUGGCAACUGAGCAAGCAGCUAUGAAAAGUUUUUAUUGUGAUUUUUUUUUGUGUGGUCAAGAAUUCAGGAAUUGUACCAUCAGUCAAGCCAGUAUACAGCAACCACUCAAGGGGCUGAGCAAAAUGGCUGUUGAGGACAGGUGGUUGCUCAGGAGAGGAUGGGGUUAGCUAUGGAAAAACGGAUGGGACCAUUUUAGAGUGGCAUGGGACUGGAGUUGGUUGCGCAACCAUGUAUAUCGUUCGUACCAAUACUGAGUAGCCCUCAUUCAUUUGGAGGAGUUAUACAUGAUAUAAAUUCUGAAGUUGUAAGUUAUACAACGUAUCACAGAUUUGAUGCUAGUUCCAAUACAGUUAUGUUAAGAAUUCAACACUACUUUCUGUACAAUUUGCAAAAAAGUUUUGAUUUUAAUUUAUUGAAAUUGCAGACAAUGUAAUACAUGUACAUGGCAAACCCAGCUGAUAUUGGGUGCCAACACAUACAUACAAUUACACUUCUCAUAGAAUACACAUAAUUAACUCAAAUGGUUAGCGUAUACUUCAAAUGAAACAACAAAAGGUUUUUGAUAUUGUUCAACCUAAACCAAUAUUUAAGCCAAAGAAAUGGUAUCAUGAAUCUUAUGAUAUAUAUGUCAAGAUGAAAGUACAUCUUGUAGUAUAAUGUAAAUAAAGAGAGAUGAUUACAGUUGCCUCUUGACACAAAAUAUGGGUAUCUAAUUUCUGCUGCUUGGAAUAUGUUAACUUAUAGGCAAAUCUUUGAUAAAUCAGAAUUUAAGGUAUCGAUUUCAUUAAAUGGUGACUUUGCACCAUUGGAUUUUUUGUUGUUACGUUUCUUUUUAAAUUUGAUUUGGGCUAUGCCAGCCAUCCCCUUAUGUAAUGAUACUUAUAAGUUUUUAACCUUCCCCUGCUGCCUAAAUCUCUAACCAUUGUACUGUAUUACACUAUUUGCAGCUAGCCUGAGCUGAGUACCAUUCUCUGUAGUGACGGCUGGCUCAGUCCUUUCGCUUGCUAACAUGGUUACUAUGGUGGUCACUACGGAGCUUGGUACUCAUUUGCAGCUACCUCAGCAGGAAAAGGGUUAAUGGCCAGUCACACAUAUUACAUGUAUUCUGUUGGAUUUAUGGUUUAUCAGUGUUUGGAUGACAGCACAACAUACAUUUUAGUUAAUAUCUGUCAAUAGAUUCAGUGAAGAUGUAUGUGUACACAAUGGUGAUUUGCUGUCAAAGUGUUGAUUCUGUAACAAUAUAUAUAUUUGUCAA